AUGGCCAAUAUUUCACAGACUUUUUCUGAAGGGGCUUCAAUAAACAGACCACCCUUAUUUUCUGGAGAUAACUAUCCUUUCUGGAAAAUCAGAAUGAAAAUCUUUUUAGAAUCAGUUGAUAAAGGUGUGUGGGAUGCUAUUGUUAAUGGUCCAUUUAUACCUAUAAAAAUUGAGGAAGGAAAAGCUAUACCUAAAGAUUUUCUAUCUUGGACUCCUGAUGAAAAUAAACGUGCUCAUUAUGAUGUGAGAGCUAAGAAUAUAAUCUCAUCUGCACUAACAUUGGAUGAAUUCUACAGGGUAUCAAUUUGUCAAUCUGCAAAAGAAAUGUGGGAUGUGUUAGAGGUAACUCAUGAAGGCAUGGAUGAAGUCAAGAGAGCUAGAAAGAACACAUUAGUUCAAGAAUAUGAAAUGUUUAGGAUGAAGGCUGAGGAAACAAUCUAUGAUGUGCAAAAAAGGUUCACUCAUAUUGUGAAUCAUCUCAUAGCAUUGGGAAAGGUCUUUGAAAAGGAAGAAUUGAAUAUCAAAAUUCUGAAAAGUCUGAAUAGAGCAUGGCAGCCUAAGGUUACUGCAAUCUCUGAAUCAAGAGAUCUCACCACAAUGAGUAUGGCAACUCUCUUUGGAAAAUUAAGAGAGCAUGAAUUGGAACUUGGACGUUUAAAAGAGGAAGAGGAAGGAGAGAAAAGGCAAAGCAUUGCAUUAAAAGCUGCUGCAAAAACUGACGGAAGAAGCAAAACCAAGGAUAAAGAAACUGCUGCAGAACAAGAGGAUGAAGCUUCUGAUUCUGAGGCACUAAAUCUGAUGGUAAAACGUUUUUCAAAGUUUUUAAAGUACAAAAAUAAAUCAAAUGGAAAAUCUGCUGCAGGAAAUAGAAGAUUCUCUUCCAAGAAGCAAGAGUCAUCUUCCAGCGUUCCAACAUGUUAUGAGUGUGGUAAAUCUGGUCAUAUCAAACCUGAGUGUCCAAUUCUCAAGAUCAAAAAAAAGUUGGAAGAAAAAAAUGAGGCCACAAGCAAGUCCAAGAGAGUGAAGAAAGCGUAUAUUGCUUGGGAGGAUAAUGACUCCAGCACCUCUAGUGAUUCAAGUGAAAGCAAUGAAGAAGAAACAAAUCUAUGUUUGAUGGCUGAUACAAAAUCCUCUGACAGUAGUGUAAGUGAUCUUGAUCUUGAAUCUAUUGAUGAAAGCUAUGAAACUAGGUUCUAUCAACUACUUGAUGUGUAUAAUGAGUUGCAUGAAGAGGCUAGAAAGCUGCAAUACGCUAAUAACAGACAUAAAGGUGAAAAUAGGUGGCUUGAAAAUAGAUUAAAACAACUUGAAACUGAAAAUGAAGAACUGAAAACUGAGCUUGAAAAUAUUGAAAAGCACAAAAGUGAAAAUUGCAAAAAGAGUGUGAUUAAUUGUGAAAAUUGUUCCAAGCAACUAGAGAGAAUCAAAUAUCUAAUGAGUACCCUAACUAGAUUCACCCUAGGAAGAAAUUAUCUAGAUGCUAUGCUAGGUUCACAAAGAAGUGUACUGAACAGAGAAGGCAUAGGAUAUGCAGAACACGAAAAUCAACUAGGUAAUCAACUAGAAUCCAGGAAAUCCAUUAACAUGAGUAAACCAUCUUCCACUGUAUGUUUUUACUGUUGCAAAUCUGGUCAUACAUCAAAUAAAUGUUACUUUAAAAAGCAUGGUGUUCCUGAAGGUAAAUAUAAAUGGAUAGUUAAGGAUUCAAAUGUUUUGUCUAACAUGAAAGGACCCAAACUAAAUUGGGUACCUGCAUCAUCUCUUUAA